AUGUUCGAUUUUGAGUAAGAUUUUUAUAAAUUUGUUCAAGCCCAAUUAGAUAAAAAAAAAGGAAUCAAACAAGUAAAUUAAGAUGAUUCAGACUAUGAAGAAGAUGUGAUUAAAGUAAAGUAUUAUCAUUUUUGAAAGAAAUAGGUUAUAAAGUGAGAAUAUCGAAAAAGUCUUAUGUAAUGAAAGAAAGAAAAUGAAAAUUAGUAAAAUAACAAAAGAGUAACAUUUCGAAAAUAAAAUGAAAGACUUUACAUCAAUGGAUACUUUUGUUGAUGUUAAACAGUUUCUUAAAAAUCUUAAUGAUUAACAGAUCAAAAAAAAUCAUAAAAAAUUACGGUCAUCUAUAAAAAAAUCAUAAUCUGAUAGUGAUAAUGAUGAUCUUUUUGAUUAUGCUGAGAUAGUAUCAAAAAGUAAAAAAUUUAUUGCAAACUCUUAAAAUUUAAGAACAAAACCUAAUAUAGAGGAUUAUUUAAAAAUGGAUAAUGAUUUUAGUUAAAGAUCUAAGGCAAUAGAAGAAGGAAUAUCAACAAAUGAGAAAUUCUAUACAGGAAUUGAUAAGUUAAUAACUGAUAUAAAUCAUAAGAAUGUAUAAUCUGAAAUGGAUAGGAAAUAUGAGAGAGAGAGAAAGAGAAAUAGAGACUCAAUGAAUUCUUAAUAGAUAAUUUAGACAGCAGUUCCAUUAGAUUUUGGAAAAGACGAAAUUGCAAUAAAAGCCGGAAAAAAAUUUAAAGAAUAAUCUUAAAAGGUUUUAUAACUUUUAGAGAGAACAACAAAAAUGUUAUACAAAAAUAAAUUACCAUAAGCUCCUAAUCAAAAGCUUUUAAAGUAAUAAUAGUAGUAGUUGAAAAUAUUAUUAAGUCCUUGUUCAUAUGAAAUUCGAAAUUAAAAACNUAUGUUUAUAUUAUUAAUAAAUGCAUCUUAUCUAGUAAAAUUAAUUUAAAAAAGAAAGUAUAUAAUUAGAUAGCUUAAAUUUAAUUUAAAAUUAUGUAAAAAUCUGAUUUUGAAGUUACAGCAAUUGUCAUAUAAACCAUCAUCUUUUUAAAAAUAUUAUUUAAAAUAGAAAUAAGAUUACAGCAAAAUAUAAAAGCAGGGUUGUUAAUUGUUGAUAAUAGGUAUUAUUAAAUAUGUUCGAUUUUGAGUAAGAUUUUUAUAAAUUUGUUCAAGCCCAAUUAGAUAAAAAAAAAGGAAUCAAACAAGUAAAUUAAGAUGAUUCAGACUAUGAAGAAGAUGUGAUUAAAGUAAAGUAUUAUCAUUUUUGAAAGAAAUAGGUUAUAAAGUGAGAAUAUCGAAAAAGUCUUAUGUAAUGAAAGAAAGAAAAUGAAAAUUAGUAAAAUAACAAAAGAGUAACAUUUCGAAAAUAAAAUGAAAGACUUUACAUCAAUGGAUACUUUUGUUGAUGUUAAACAGUUUCUUAAAAAUCUUAAUGAUUAACAGAUCAAAAAAAAUCAUAAAAAAUUACGGUCAUCUAUAAAAAAAUCAUAAUCUGAUAGUGAUAAUGAUGAUCUUUUUGAUUAUGCUGAGAUAGUAUCAAAAAGUAAAAAAUUUAUUGCAAACUCUUAAAAUUUAAGAACAAAACCUAAUAUAGAGGAUUAUUUAAAAAUGGAUAAUGAUUUUAGUUAAAGAUCUAAGGCAAUAGAAGAAGGAAUAUCAACAAAUGAGAAAUUCUAUACAGGAAUUGAUAAGUUAAUAACUGAUAUAAAUCAUAAGAAUGUAUAAUCUGAAAUGGAUAGGAAAUAUGAGAGAGAGAGAAAGAGAAAUAGAGACUCAAUGAAUUCUUAAUAGAUAAUUUAGACAGCAGUUCCAUUAGAUUUUGGAAAAGACGAAAUUGCAAUAAAAGCCGGAAAAAAAUUUAAAGAAUAAUCUUAAAAGGUUUUAUAACUUUUAGAGAGAACAACAAAAAUGUUAUACAAAAAUAAAUUACCAUAAGCUCCUAAUCAAAAGCUUUUAAAGUAAUAAUAGUAGUAGUUGAAAAUAUUAUUAAGUCCUUGUUCAUAUGAAAUUCGAAAUUAAAAACAAAUACUAGAAAAGAGUAGAAGUGAAAGCAAUGAUUUAAAGUUUCCGUUAGUUAAUGGUAAAUUGGUUAAUCCUCUUGUAAGAAGAGUUGCCCCAUUACAUUAAUUGAAAAAUUCAACUCUUCCUGAAAUUAAACCUGGUUCAUUUGUAUCUUUGAGAGAGGAUAGAAAGUUUGAAAAUGUUCACUAUUUUAAAACUCCUUAAAAUUAAUAGAAAUAAGAUAAUCAUUAAAAUGAUUCUAGUCGUCAAACUGUUAGUUUAAUUAUCAAGAAUUAAAUUGGUGAAUUUUUAACAUAAGUAAACAAUAUUAUUGAUUAAGCUUGAUGAUGCAUAAGAACAAUUUUCCAAAAUUUAUCCAUCUGAUUCGUAAAUAUUAAAAAUUUAAGAUAAUAUGAGUAAAAAUAUGAAUUAAAUUGGUAAUACUCCUUUGGAAAGUUUGAAAUAUUUAACAAGGAGGAAAUUUAAUAUUUAAAAAAAGUAUGAAUUAAGAGGAAAGAAAAACAAAGUUCUUUAAAUUUUAUGA